CAGGUGCUCUCAUGGAUCAUUUCACACUUUCGAAGGUGCAGUUGUCAUCUCAAUGACAGCAGGAAUCCCUGGACAUCUCACACGAUAACUACGAACAACGUGCAGGCAAAGGAAGCAGCUAACAAACAAAGAGAUGGAAGAAGAGGAGGGGCUAGAACACAGAAAGGCGGAGCCUAAAUCAGAAAAACAGGCAGGAGGAUCAAAGAGACAGAGAUCCAAAAGAAAUAAAUACAUGCCGGACACUGUACCCCUCCAGCUGCCACCGUGUAAGAUAUGCGAGAAGCCUGCCUCUGGAAUUCAUUAUGGGGUCAACUCCUGCGAAGCCUGUAAGGGAUUUUUUCGACGCUUUUUGAAGAAGAAGGAGCCCUAUAAAUGUACCAAGGGAGGUAACUGUGACAUUCUAAAGACCACGGGAAUGUUAUGUUCUGGCUGUCGUCUGCAGAAGUGUUUUAGUGUAGGAAUGUCAAAGGAAGGAAUACGCCAGGGUAGAUACACACUUCAAGAAAGAACAAAUGCCAUUAUAGAAAUGAGGAGACUUAAAGAGGAGGAAGACACGAGCAAGGGACAUUACUCAAACUGUUCUAUAAAGUGUGAAACUGACUUAUCUCCCUUAGAUGAUCAUACUAGAACAUCAUUGUAUGUGCAAUCCACAUCAGAAUCCCUUUCUUCAUCCCCAGGUUCAUCUGGAUCCCAUGAUAAUAGUUCCUCAUCUAGAUCUCUGUCAGUCAAAGGUCAUGUCAAAGGUUAUAGACUCCCGUCCACAGAAAAUCCCUCACCUGAUUCAUCCCAAAAUGGCAGCUCUAAUCCCACAAUGAUCAAGACACAAGCCUCUCUCCCAAACAUCAGUGUACACAGUGAGGAUUCGGGGUCCACGUCACAUUCCAUGGCAAUGCUUUCCCAGAAUUCCAGUGUAAACAUUCCAUUACUUCCUGUAAUGGCUGGUGAUAUCUUAGAGGGUUUAGAGGAGCAAACCAUUCAGGCGUUCACGGACAGUUUGAUGAGAGGAUACAACGAGAUGAAGCCGUUCACCAAGGACAUGGCUGAUGAGCAAAUCCAUGCCUUACUGCAAGAUGGAUAUAUGAAAUAUAACCAGAAAAUCCAACUGUUUGGAAACAUGGACCCCCUCCCCGCCAACAUCUACAACGAAAUCUUCAACGUCACCAACAUGGAUAUCGACGGACGUACGAAAAUUCUGGAGCUGAUUCGGACAGAACUGGUCACUGUUAUCCACGAAUACGUGCGCUUUACUCAUGGUAUCCCAGCAUUCAAAGACUUACCUGGGAAGGAUCAAGCAGGGCUUCUAAAGGCUGCCAGACUUGAAUUUUUCCUGAUGCUGUGCUACAGGACUUUGGACCCAGAGACAGGGAUGAUGGUGUCGUACACAGGUCACGUCCUUCCCAUCAGGCAGUUCUGUGCCUACGCCCCCGAGGGCAUGUCUACGUCAUGGCUAGAAGUGUCAUGUGACAUUCGCCGUCUUCAACUUCUGCCCAAGGAGCAUGCAGCCAUGUUGGCAAUUUGUCUAACAUUUACUGAUCGCUGUUCCCUAGAAAACCCAGAGGCAGUGGAGAAAAUUCAGGUUAACUUGCUAAAAGUCUUGCAGUACCUCCUUAAGGAGAGAUAUGGGGAAGGAAGCGGUCGUCAGUUGGCCAAAAUCAUGGACGUCUUCAUCAAACUGAGAGGCCUGAACGAGGAGUUCCUGAUGGUGUAUAAGAAGAUCUGCCAGGAUAAGUUCCUUAUUGAGCAGCUGCCUGAAUUAUUACAGUUUCUGUUUGAUGAAUGAAACAAGGCCAAAUAAGUAAAACAUGUAUAAGUGUUCUUUGUUUUGUGUUAAGGUGGCUUGGUCUUUCCCUGUAGUCUUUAGGAAGGAUAACCCCCGAAAUGUUAAAAUGGAUGAGUCGGUUUUUCCUUUGUAAAAUCUCCACCCUUAACAAUUAUUUAUUUGAAUAUUUACCCAUAAAUUUGCUUAAUUAAGGUUUGCUGACCCCUCCUUCAUAAAAUUGCCUAGAUUAAAAGGCCAUUUAUGUCAAAUGUUGCCUAGUAACAUAUGAAAAAAUCAUAAGCAUUUUAACUACAUAUUUUAUAUCAUUUAUAUUUUUUUGAAAAUCAUUAGCAUUGAAGCAAAAAUGUUAUCCAAGUGAGCAGUGGGAUGAUAAACCUUAAUUUACCCUCAUCAGUUAGAAUGUUUUUUUCACAUA